UAUUUGUCAAUACUUUCCACAGCCUCCUUAGGGCUUGUAUAAAAAGGGGGCCGCCGCUUCAGGAGCAGAGCAACAUCAACAACAAGUACUUGAUACACAUUCUUAUUUUUUCUGUUUCAUGUUUCUGGUUUUGCAAUAUAGUCGCUAUAGUUCCCGAUGAUCGAAUAACCUUACUAUAUAGUUUCAGCCUUGUCUGAAUAUAUCAGUGUAGAACAAAACUCAGUUUGUCUGAGGGAACUAGAUUCGUCUAUGUUUUUUUUUUCUUCAUUAUUACAUAGUUUGAGUUUUUAGUUUCACAAUCUGGUUCUUUCCUUUUUCUUUUUGGUUUUGGUACUCAAUGAUGAUUCGAGAAAAUCUCUAUAACAAGUUUCAGCCUUGUCUGAGCUAAUCAAUGUUGAUAAGUUCUUCGAUUCUGAGGGAAAACUCAUAUAUAUAUAUUUUUUUAUCAAUGUUGAUAAUCAGCGUUAUUUGGUUAAAAUAUGAUUUUUGUGUCCCAACAAAUUUCGGCUCAAGCAAGUGUUUUUAGUUGUUUAUUAUUAUGGAUUGAUGUAUCAAAUCAUGAUUGCUGAGUGAAGUCGUCUCCUCUGUCUUGAGAAACAGAUGGCUAGAAGUCUCUCAACGAUGGUAGAUCCAUUUACAUUUAAAUAAACAUUUGGAAUACUGAACCACUUAGCGGUUUCUUGUAUCUCUGAGCCAUAAAGGAACCUUGGAAGAUGACCUCAUUAAAGGCCAAAACGGCUGAUGCUCAUACAUUAGCGGUCAUGACGAUAUCUGGUGCUCUACACAACCUGAAUCCCGACACUACACAGUUGACUGUAUUCAGAACAGAUGGACUUUUGUCUUUUGCUGGGCUUAGUCGAUCUUUGUUAUUGGGCCAGAAUGAUAAUCGUCUCCUACUUUUUUUCUUAAUAAUGAUUCCCUUUUCACUUAAUUUGCAAAAGCUUCCGUUAAGUAUGUUUAAUGGAGAGUUUUUAAAGGUUGAUUUCAUAAUGGAAUAUAAAAAUCUAUUUCUUAACUUUUAAUUAAAAAACUAAGAAUUCUACUCUAAGAAUUUUUCAUUAAACAUGCUAUUAGUUUUCAGCUAUAGGAUAAGCCACGAAACGCAAACCUUCACUAUGCAUUAUAUCUCGAAAUUCGGUUGAAUCAAACAAGUUCAAUGUAUUGAGAACUAUUGAACUAUAAUGAGCGUAUGGUGUGAGAUUUGGACUACAGUGACAAAUUAGCUAAUAUUUAAGAUAUCUGAAGUUACUCAACGCCAUAGCUCCUUGUCGUCUUAUUAUUAGCUCACCAACAAACUACGUAGGUCGUUUGGAUUUUCAUAUUAAAGUUGUUAGCAUAUAAACUGUGACCCAUGCAUGCCUACCUAACUUUAAGAUUUAGCAUUUGGAAUUAUUCUUGUGUUAAAUGAACAUAGUCAAUAUUGCAAUAUCUAGAUAUUUGAUGGGUUGUCUGUCCAUCUCCGUCUAAUUUCUGCUUUGAAGUGUUUUAUUUGAAAUAUAUCUACAUUAGGUAUGUGUUUUGAAAAACGUUUUGUCAUAAAUCAUUGCAUGCAUGCCCACUAUAUCAUGUCAUGUCCAAAUAGUAAAUACUCAAAUAUUUGAUCCAUAAUACAUAAACAUGACUCUUUUUUUUUUUGAUCAAAAACAUGACUUUUAUCAUUGUUCGGCUAACAUAUAUGAGCUUAGAUCGAAAUAAUUUCUCAAUAUACUGGUUGUAAUUAUAAAAUUUAUUAUAAUAUGUGAGAUAAUUUUCGUGGGAUCACAAUUUUCAUUGGUUGAAAGCGCAAUCAACUGAUUGUUUUAUCCGUAGGAGAUGCAAUGUAUAAACUUGAAAGUGGCCAAAUAUGUAAGUUAUGUGGUUUCUAGUUUUAAUUAACGCUAACAAAACUACCAAAGUCUUUUUUUUUGGUCAUCAACUACCAAAGUCUAUAGUUAUAUUCUUAUAUCACUAUUGUUCUUAAAAGGUGAAAUGAGGAAAGCAUGCAAAAACAAAAAGAGGGUGAAAAGGAAAGGAAGGCGCGGGUGUGGCAAUUCAAAACUAACAAAAGGAAAGAAGAAGCGAGUCAAAGUAAGGCAACGUAAUUACGUACACUAAUUGAUGUGCCAAAGUUAGACCGAAACUAGAGGUGGCUACUUCUCUUACGAGUUUCAAGUUAAACAAGGAUAUUGAUAUGUCAUAUGUUUCGUGUUAUAAUGAGUUAGUUUUGCCUUACUUUGACUGAUACGAAAUAUCAUGUUCAUGUUGUGUAACAGUGAACAUAUAUUUUAAUAAAUUAAUGAUAAUGCAAUUUAUCGUCGAGCAUCACUGCAUCAGUCAGUCUUCCAUAUACUGUAUAAAGUUUUGAAUCUUAAGACUUUUCAUUUUCCAAGACUGAAACUAGCUAGUCAAUACCAUCAAUAAUCAUUUCUUAGGAAAAUAAUGAUCCGACUCCAUACAUAACAGUAACAUUGAAAAUUUCAUGUGAAUGGUAUCUCAAAGAUUAGUUGAACAACCAAACAUAAGAAGAAUAAUUAGUAUCUAAUAAUAUAAUGACUCGAUGAUCAUUCCUCAGCUAAGUUGCGAAGUAGGGAUUGGGUCCAGAACCGGUAAGAAAAAUAAGUUAAAUUACUAUUAUAGAGUUUUCCGAAAUUGGUGGCUAUAAAAUACAUAAGUAGACAUAUAACAUAAUGUCACAAUCCAUUAAAGUUGAGGUGCCUUCAAACCAAGAUGGAAAUGUCUAAAAAGAACACUCGAUACUUGGUUUUCCACCCUUCUAAGUCUUCCUUUGCAUCAUGACUCAUAUUAAUAAUCACUAAAGUAAUCGCUUCUUAAUCACAGUUAACACUACAACUUGGACCCCAAAAAAAAAAAUUCUUGGCCCAAACCUAUGACAUCUUAUAUCUAACUACUUUAACUUGUCUUUUAAGUUUUAAAAUAGAAGCAACAUAAAGGUACACUUUAUUAUUCAAGCUCAUUUUCAAUAGUUAACAUAUUGGUAUACCGUACUAGCACUCAUAAUAUUCUUCAGUUGUUUCUUUGUUUCAAGGAAAGGUUUUAGUAAGCGUUUAAAGUAAAUUAAAAUUGUCAAAAAGAUAAAAAUAACGUCAGUGAAAAUAUAUUAAAUACAUAAACGAAAAGUGGAAAAGAAAAUCUUAGUAGACCGAAUAAUUCAUUCAAAACAAAAAGCAAAUAAGCAAAACAAAAAGUGUGUUUAAGAAAAAAACAUUAUUAUUCCAAAAAUAUACUUUAUUUAUCAAAUGAGAUGAGCAUAAGUUACCUAACUUAUAUAUUAAUUAAAUAUCAAAAUAACAUAUCCCUAUAAUAAGCGUAAAUGUAAUAGUGUAUAUAUAUACAAAGCAACCUCAUUUGUUCACACUGAAACUACAAAACUCCCUCUCCCUCUCUCUCCUUCCAUCAAUUUCUUCAUGACAUUUCUUCUGUAGAAGAGAAGAGUUUUCGUUACUCAUCACAAAAACCCUAAACCUAGAAUCGAGUUACUUAUUAAAUGGGUCAUCAUAGGCUCGCGAGUCUACUCGUAAAGCUACACAAAGCUCCAACGGCUUGGCUCUGCCUCCAUCCCCGACCGGACCGGUCCAUCAGCGAUGGAGGAGGACACCAACGAAAGAUCAAGCUCGUAAGAUCUGACGGUUCCUCCGAGCUCUACGACCGUCCCGUAGUGGUCUCAGAGCUCACAAGAGACUUCCCUAAACACCAAAUCUGCAGAUCAGACUCACUCUACAUCGGACAGAAAACACCAGUUCUGUCGGAAACAGACACGCUUAAGCUUGGACUCAACUACUUUCUCCUUCCGUCUGAUUUCUUCACCAACGAUCUCUCUUUCCUCGCCAUCGCCGCCUUGAAACCUCCUCAAAACGGUGGCGUUUUGGUCAGAUCAAAAUCCGCCGGGGCUCAGCAGCAGCCGUUUCUUAUACAAAAGGGAGGAACAGGAGAGAAGCUAAAGAUUCGCGUGUCUGAAGAGUUCAUGUCGGAGUUAAUGAUGGAAGGAAGAAAAAACAAAGAAGAAGAAGAAGAAAGAGAGAACGAAGAGAGAGUUUGCACGACGGUGAAGUUGAAGAAAGACUAUCUUCAGUUGGUUGGUCUACGAAAAUGGAAGCCAAAGCUAGAGACGAUAAGAGAGACUAAGGCGACAGUGGAGAAGAAGAAGAAGAAGAGAAGGAAGUUUCUUAUGAUGAAGAAGAGAUCAUCAUCGUGCAAAGAUUCUUCUCAGACUGAUUCAUGUGGUAAGCGUAAGCUUCAGUCCAAGCUCAAGUCCAAAACUAAGAAAGCUACUCUGGGGAAAUCAGCUUAAUUUUUCGUUACAAGAAAUUAGCAGAUUGUGUGUUGAUAAUACGUAGAAGAAAUUGUUUGAAAAAUCAUGUAAAGAAUAUGAAAAAAAAAUAACCAAAGGAUACAAAUUGUUUCCAAAACUUUUGGAUUCUACUGAUUUUGUGAUACUUGAAUCAAAGGAGCUAGCUAACUUCUAAACGAUGUGUUUGUAAUUGUAACUAUUCAUUAUCGUUGAACUUCAAAUAUUCCUUUAGUCAUA